CAUGACGUGAUUACGGCGGUCUGUCGCAGGGGGCGGGGCUUGGGAUAAAGGAUAGAGAAGGAGCAAGGCCCGGAGAUUGAUACUGGGAGGAGGUGGCUGCUGCAUUAAAGUGGACUGGUUCUUAUUGUACCUGAUACCCGGGGAGCUAGGGCCCACAGCAGACAGUACCUGACACCCGGGGAGCUAGGGCCCACAGCAGACAGUACCUGACACCCGGGGAGCUAGGGCCCACAGCAGACAGUACCUGACACCCGGGGAGCUAGGGCCCACAGCAGACAGUACCUGACACCCGGGGAGCUAGGGCCCACAGCAGACAGUACCUGACACCCGGGGAGCUAGGGCCCACAGCAGACAGUACCUGACACCCGGGGAGCUAGGGCCCACAGCAGACAGUACCUGACACCCGGGGAGCUAGGGCCCACAGCAGACAGUACCUGACACCCGGGGAGCUAGGGCCCACAGCAGACAGUACCUGACACCCGGGGAGCUAGGGCCCACAGCAGAGACACCAGGGAGGGGGUCUAUAGGCUAAAAGAGAAACCAGGCAGGGAAUCUAUAGGCUAAAAGAGACACCAGGCAGGGAAUCUAUAGGCUAAAAGAGACACCAGGCAGGGAAUCUAUAGGCUAAAAGAGACACCAGGGAGGGGGUCUAUAGGCUAAAAGAGAAACCAGGCAGGGGGUCUAUAGGCUAAAAGAGAAACCAGGCAGGGAAUCUAUAGGCUAAAAGAGAAACCAGGCAGGGAAUCUAUAGGCUAAAAGAGAAACCAGGCAGGGAAUCUAUAGGCUAAAAGAGAAACCAGGCAGGGAAUCUAUAGGCUAAAAGAGAAACCAGGCAGGGAAUCUAUAGGCUAAAAGAGACACCAGGGAGUGGGUCUUUAGGCUAAAAGAGACACCAGAGAGGGGCUCUAUAUGCUAAAAGAGAUACCAGGGAGGGGGUCUAUAGGCUAAAAGAGACACCAGGGAGGGAAUCUAUAGGCUAAAAGAGACACCAGGGAGGGGGUCUAUAGGCUAAAAGAGACACAGGGAGGGGGUCUAUAGGCUAAAAGAGACACCAGAGAGGGGGUCUAUAUGCUAAAAGAGAUACCAGGGUGGGGGUUUAUAGGCUAAAAGAGACACAGGGAGGGGGUCUAUAGGCUAAAAGAGACACCAGGGGGGGUCUAUAGGCUAAAAGAGACACCAGGGAGGGGGUCUAUAGGCUAAAAGAGACACCAAGGAGGGAAUCUAUAGGCGAAGAGAGACACCAGGGGGGUCUAUAGGCUGAGAGAAAAGGGGCACCAGGGGGGUCUAUAGGCUGAGAGAAAAGGGGCACCAGGGGGGUCUACAGGCUGAGAGAAAGGGACACCAGGGGGUCUACAGGCUGAGAGAAAGGGACACCAGGGGGGUCUACAGGCGGAGAGCAGAGGCGAGGCAGGUUGUCAGAGCGAUAGUACCCCGGGGUGCGGCAAGGCUGAGAGAGGUGUUAGGGCAGACAGGCUGAGUGAGAGAGCAGGGAUGAGGUGGGUCAUGUGAGAGAGAGAGCCUGUGUAGGAGGUACUAGGACAGACUGAGUAAUGAGAAGCAGAGUGCACAUACAUCCUAAGGAGGGAUUAUGAGUUCAGGAGACAGACAAUAAAAAUUGAGCCGCACUGGGAGUAUCACAAGGAAACAUUGUAAAGAAUCCCCUAUAACUGAGCUAAUGACGUGAUCAACCUCAGUUAUUCUGAUGUUUAGAGGUGCAUCUCCCCCUUUUGACCUGGGCACCUUAUAUUGUUCUUCCUCUGCCUCAGGUGUCCUUGGUGACAUUUCUAAGAAGAUGCCUAAACAAUGGUCAUCAUGGUUUCAAUUUUUUUGUGGGCAGAUGGUUAACUCUCAUAAGUAGACUCCUUGGAGUUAUAUGGAGCCUCCAGUGGCGGCUUUAAGUGCCCGAUCUGGGCGCAGAGUUCCACACAGACGCUCUAAAUCCCAGAGAGACCGUCAGAGGGGCCAUUCUCCAGCAAACUCAUCAUCUUCCAUAAGCCCAGGACCAGUGCCGCGCCCUUUACGCAAGAAGAAAUUGAGGCAUAGGUGGGAGAAGGCAGGGCAGAGGGAGGAAGAUCUUAUAGAUGGCUUUUGUAUCAACAGCUAUGGGAGCCUGGAAGCUAUGCAGAGAGAUACGUCCCUAUACUCGGCUCCAUCGGAGGAACCACAAGCCAAGCGACCAUCAGGGAAGAGGAAAAGAAACAAUGUCAGUUCUGACAAUCUAGUAGCCAGCAGCUCUGGCAAUAAAGCAUCCGCUCAACGAGGUCAAAGACUGCAUGGGGCGCACACAGAACAGUGUGACGCUGAGAGCAGCUGCAAUGAGCAGCCAUCCAUGGACGACCUUGGUCUGUCAUUUACAAUCUCUGCAGACACCGGCUCACUGUCUCUCUCCGGAGGGCGUAUCAAGCUGUCUAUUCACUCACAUGUGUCUGGACUACAGAGAAGUUGUGAGAAGAACCCAGAUCUGGACAACAAGCCUCCACUCAUUGUGCCUGAGCAGCAUCCAUCUCCUGCUCCCCCAUGUACACCAUGUCCCCCACCUCAGACACCACAUAGCCCAUCCCCCAAACCACAACCUUUACCGGCUUCUGCACCCUCCACAGAUAGGCCGGACAGGAGUAGAAUAUCCAAGUCAUUGUCAGUUCCCCAGAUUUCUCCUCAUCCUCUGACACCUCCUGCCAUGGGUCACUCAGGUGAGCAGAGCUUUCCCUCUGCCCUUCGCCCUCCUUCUCAUCAGUUGGGUCUGUUUGCUGCUUCCCCUGUUCUUCCUCCACCACCGCCACUUCGUCAGGCCACUGGCCAUCCUGCAUCCACAGUCACAGCUGUGCUAUCACCAGAACACAAUGUGAUUGGCCAGGACAUGGGAACACGCUUUAUGCCGGUGCAAAGCAGCAAUGCUGAAUUGAGUGCUACAAUCAGACCCAUGUUCCAGUUCCAUCAACACAAUCACCAGCACAUGCAUCAACACACUCACCAGCACUUUACACCUUAUCCUCCUAGCAUGGGGCCCACAACAUUUGAGAAGUAUCCGGGUAAAAUAGACAGUUUGUACAGACAGAAUUUCUUCUCCCCAUUCUCUGCACUUCCCUCGGUUCUACCUCCUAGUGUUUCCUUUGGAUCCCUGCAGGGGGCAUUUCAGCCCAAGAGCACAAGUUCUGAGCUGGCCUCACGAUGCUCUGUGCCCUCUUCCAUGUCACACAAACCACCUCAGCUCACAGAGCAGUUACGGCCCAGGAAAUCCGGGCGCUGGUGUGCCAUGCAUGUUCGCGUGGCUUAUAUGAUUCUCCGGCACCAGGAAAGGCUAAAGUUUGCAAAUGGCACCCCUCAUAAGUCUGAGUUUCGAAGUGAUGCUCUCACCUGCCUCCCUGCUGGGUACAACUCUUUACCCUCACCUCAUGAGCUGGCACGACCACCCUCCCUUAUAUCCGGUGUGAUGUCUCACUCAGCUGGACAUUUUCAGAUUUCUCCUGCUUCAGCUUCCUUUCUCCAGAAUGGAGGUCCUGUUGGUAAUUUAAUAAGAGCCUCCGGGUUUUCUCCUUUGACUGCAUUGGCUAAUGGAGCUUUUGGUGGUCUCGGAAAUUCCCCCUACAAUCCCACGGCUGUUUUUAACCCAAAGGAUCACCCUGCAGUCCAGGCUUUUCCCAAUCCACAUGAAGCCUGGAAUCGUCUUCAUCGCACCCCACCAUCAUUCCCCACACUGCCCCCCCAAGUCUGUGCCAAAGCUGGGGAUCUUGAGAAGCACAGCUCAAUCCACCUGAAGGAGGAAAAGGACAGGGAAUUGCUGUAUAACCAUCUCCCUCCCAGCAAGCGUCUCCUCGGAGCAGAAGAGUAUGGUAUUUCCCCAUUUGUAGGGGUACGGCCUGGAAGCAGCUCAGAGAUUAAACAUAGACAGACCCCAGAGCAGCCUAUUAAGGUGAAAGAAGAGGCUGAAGUCUUGACCUUUGAAGUUCGACGCUCCCCUGUUCCAGGACUGCACCUACCCCACACCCACCCUGCUGCCCAGUUUGAGAGACAGCGGAACUGUUUUCUGCGUGAGCGAUUUCCUCAUAUGUUAGAGGCCUGGCGAGAUGUGUACCGCAGAGCGGAUCCUCCUCCCCUGCGUAUCCCAGCUGCACCCCCUCACCGUCUGUAUGAGCCAUGUGAGGAGCGAGCACAUAUUCUCAGAGAGAACUUUGAACGUGCACGUAUUUAUGGCAUGUCUGCUGCCUCUGCCCUGGAUCCCCCCACCUCGUCUAUGCUCAACACCCUUUAUUCUCACUCUGCCAACAGUUUGCUCAGCAAAACUCCUCCAGUCAACUUGCUGAGUGCCCCCCCUCCUCUUAUCUCAACAUCUCGCCCAGGUUCUCCCCACUGCAGAGACCUUAGCAGCCUAUACAAAGAGAGAGAACCCAGAUAAGCCAAGGCUGCUUUUAUUUCUCCUCAUGAUGCAUUGUUGUCCUAUAUUAUAUAUAUAUAUACACACACACACACACUGUAUAUACAGUAUGUACACACACACACAUACAUACACACACACACACUGUAUAUACAGUAUGUACACACACAUACAUACACACACACACAUAUAUAUACACACACUCACACACAUAUAUAUAUAUAUAUAUAUACACACACACACAUAUAUAUAUAUAUAUAUAUACACACACACACACAUAUAUAUAUAUAUACACACACACACACAUAUAUAUAUAUAUAUAUAUACACACACACACA